AUGUGCAAUACCGAAGACCCUUCCAAGUCGGUCCUUGAGUCUGCCAUGAGAAUAAUUGGAGAUGAAAGAUUCAGGGACGUUUUCAAGCAGUACAAGGAGAAUGGUUUUGUUAAGGAAGACGAGAUUCAUGAGGCUGAUGAUUCGGACAUGGACUAUCGGUUUCCUCAGAGGCCAAACAAGGAGAAGAUCACUUUUGUUCUCCGCUCUCCCGCCGCUGCCAUUCUUCAAGAAUACGUAUCGCCGGAAUCAAGUCCAUCAAAAAAGAAGUUGGACGACGCAAAAAGUGUCUUUCAAGACCUUGUCGAUGUCGCGGAAAAGUUGCGUCGCAUCAAUAAAUCUAGAUUAGAGCAUGAGUUAGGGCUCUUUGUAGAUAGGCUUUGA